UCAUAUCUAUAUACUCACGUGUACACAUAUACACCUACACUAUUGUGCAACAUAACUUCUGCUCUAUAGGCCUGUUCUUUUUAUAGUUUAUCUUUCUUUCUUACACUGAAAAGAGAAAGAUAAACUCUGAACUAGUGCAGCCAAUUCAGCUAAAAAGAACAGACCCUAUGCAUUCGUCUCUCGCGCUCCAUGCUGGGUUUGUUGUAUAUACGUGAAGACUCUAACAUAAUUCGUAAAUUAAUAAAAAAAAAAAUCACAAUUUAAUCAAAAGGCGCAAAAAUGUUGAUGCGGGCAUCUACAAUCGUUCAUCGGCAGACGCUGCUAAAGUCAUAUGCGAUUUCGCGGGAAAUUAUUACACAUAGGCAUAUUCAUUUAGUUGCUCAAAGAAAAAGGUUUUUUAAAGAUAAUAAUUUACUGAAUCUAUAUAAGAACUGCAGAAUUACAGGAAUUUCCUUAGUUCGUAAUGCAAGUACAAAUGAAACACCAUCACAAAAGACCACAAAUCCAUAUGAUGAAAUACCAGGUUUGUAUGAAGACUUCUUUAAAACAUUUCUUGAAAUUUAUNNAAAUGGUGAACCAACUUUUGAGAGCCUAGGACUAGGUGGUUGGACUCCCCCUGGACUUGUGCAACAUUUCUUAGAAUUCAUGCACAUACAUUUAGAUAUGCCAUGGUGGAUGACAAUUGUUAUAGCUACUACUUGCGCAAGGAUUCUCAUAUUUCCUUUGGUGAUAAAAUCACAAAAGAAUAUGAUUAAACUCACAAAUCAUAUGCCGACAAUACAAUCGAUGCAUAUGAAAUUGACGGAAGCCAGAAAUCUUGGUGAUCAUAUGGAAAGUGCACGAAUUGCAACAGAUUUGAUGCAUUAUAUGAAAAAGAACGAUGUUAGUUUCGCAAAGAAUUUCAUGGCACCACUAAUUCAAGCGCCAGUAUUCAUCUCCUUCUUUUUAGCCUUAAAAAAAAUGGCGGCUCUGCCAGUGGAAAGCUUAAAAGAAGGUGGAUUUUUGUGGAUGCAGGAUCUAACUGUAUAUGAUCCUUAUUAUAUAAUGCCGAUACUUACCAGUGUAACAAUGUUUAUCACAAUUGAACUUGGUACGGAUGGCACUAAUAUUCAUGCAAUGGGCAUGUUUCGAUAUGUUUUUCGAGCUCUGCCAUUUAUCAUAUUGCCAUUUAUGAUACAUUUUCCUGGUACUAUUUUAACAUAUUGGGUAUCAACAAACAUCAUUUCUUUACUACAAACCAGUAUUUUGAAAACCCCAUAUAUAAGAAAAACUCUUAAUAUGCCUGUUCGGAUAAAACAUGAUGCUCCAGCAUCUCAUAAUAAAAAAGGUUUUAUUAAAGACUUCAAGGAAUCCUGGACAAACAUGAAGAUAACGAAGCAGUUAGCUGAUAGAGAACGAGCAGAUACAGUACAAUUUAAUAGCGCUGGUAAGGGUCCCAUAAUAAAGACAUUUAAAUAUGAUCCGACAAAGCAAAAACAAUCGACAAAAACAGUCCUUACAAAAAGUAGAUAAAAUUUCGUUUAUAAUUAAUAUAUUUGAUUAUACAACAUAUAAGAUAAUAAACUAAUUUAUAACAAGUAGUAUAAUAAAGCAAAUCUGAUUUAAUAUUAGAACCAUACAAGAUUUUCGUGAUCUUUUAUCUGUAUAUAAAUUUAAUAUUAAAAAAAUUUAAAAAGAAAUU